AAUGACGAAGAAGAAAUUAUUAUGGAUUUGAAACGAGUACACUUUGAAAUUUAUUCGGCAUCUGGACUUAAUCCUAAUCUAACUAAGCCAUUUCAACAAUCUUUGUGCAAAACUACUAAAAUGAAUUUGCUAUUACAUAUCAAUGCUAUGAAGCAAAAUUCCACAAUUGGUGGACGUCAGAAUAUUUAUAAAGCUUCUCAUGAAGAUGAGGAAGAAAAUUAUUCUGAGGAUACUUCUGGUGUACUGAUUGUUAAAAACUACUAUAUAACUGCAACACAUGUUAAUAUCAAUUAA